CCAGGAAGGUCCGUUGCGUCCGCCUUGAGACAGGAUUCCUCGGCGCUAUCCUUGGUGCUGAUUUCCCUCCCCCAUAAUUCGGCCCAGUUCGGGACUCCUAAGGCUUUCAAGGCUUGAAAGAAAGAGCGAAAGGUUAGCAUAUUUUUCUCGGUUCAGUUAUCGCGGCCUUUGUCAGCCUUGUUUCCACUUGUCUGCCUUUCAAAGGUCCCUCUUCCCCCAGCUCCCGGAGCUAGUGCAGACCGAGCGUCGGCUUUCAUACGAAACUCCUUUCCGCGCCAGGGGCGGCGCUCUGCUCGGUGAGAAGGAGCGACCGAGGCAGAGGGAGAAGUACAGAGGGAGGCGGAUUUAUUCCAGCGCUAGUUUCCCGGAUCGUCUCUGUGGCCUUCGAUGGCCCUAUCGGCAGCCCGGAGAGCUUUGGGGGGCACAGGAAUAAGAGGGUUUCAUGGCUGAGCGAAGGAAGGGACCGACGUCAAGGGGCUGGAGCAGGAGAGCUUUCUAAUAUCAGGGUGCGGAAUGGAGGGCGAUUAUCCCGCUUUUGAAAACCCGCUCUGCGGCGAGCUCAAGCACAUUUACCAAAGGAUCAAAGAGACCUAUAAGGAGAUCAAAGAAGAUCUCACCCCUUACAAGGAUGAUCGUUACUACAGACUGGCUCCAAUGCGAUUGUAUACUCUGUCCAAGCGCCAUUUUGUUUUGGUCUUUGUAGUAUUCUUCAUUUGUUUUGGCUUGACAGUCUUAAUAGGCAUUGCAGGUCCCAGAGUCAUAGAAUGCAUAUCAGAAAUACCUCCGAUAAAUAAUGGUUCAAAGACAAAGUCAUUUCCCUUAAGUUCGCCACCAGUAUCUACUUAUAAUCAGCAACUAUGGCUUACCUGUACUGUGCACUUGGAUCAACCUUCUGAUAACAAAUUGGAUAGCUUGAAAAUUAGCUUUAUUAUGUCAGUUACAAUACGUGGUGUACUAAAGAAUGGAAGUGUACGGUACUAUAACAGAGAAACUCACAACCGGACAAGGAUAUUCAACUGUGCUAAGGAUUGUGAUGAAAUUAUUGUGGUUCAUCUUGGUUAUUUGAAUUUCACUCGUUACAAUAUCGUUGUUACCUUUGAUAAGUUUCCUGAGAUCUACCACCUCAAGAGUUAUAACUUCACAUGGAAAACUUAUAACCCAGCCUUCUCCCAAGUGGAAAUCUGGUUCCGAUUUGUCUUUGUAGUUCUUACUUUCAUAGUCACAUGUCUCUUUGCUCACUCCCUGCGCAAGUUCUCCAUGCGAGAUUGGGGGAUAGAGCAGAAAUGGAUGUCAAUCCUCCUCCCCCUGCUAUUACUUUAUAAUGACCCGUUUUUCCCUCUCUCGUUCCUAAUCAACAGCUGGUUUCCUGGAAUGCUAGAUGACCUCUUUCAGUCUUUGUUCUUGUGUGCUUUGCUGCUGUUCUGGCUUUGCGUCUACCACGGGAUCAGAGUACAGGGAGAAAGGAAAUGCAUGACCUUUUAUUUUCCCAAAUUCCUUAUUGUUGGUCUCCUGUGGCUGGCUUCUGUUACACUAGGCAUAUGGCAGACGGUCAAUGAAUUACGUGAUCCAACAUACCAAUAUGAGAUUGACACAAGCAACUUUCAGGGGAUGAAAAUCUUCUUCCUUGUGGUGGCAACAGUAUAUAUUUUGUACCUUUUAUUUCUAAUAAUCCGGGCGUGCUCAGAGCUUCGGAAUAUGCCCUACGUUGAUCUCAGGUUGAAAUUCUUGACUGCGCUGACAUUGAUAGUACUUAUUAUUAGCAUCGCUAUAUUUUAUUUGCGUUUUGGAGCACAGGUUCUUCAGGACAAUUUUGUGGCUGAGCUUUCAACCCAUUAUCAUAAUUCUGCAGAAUUCUUAUCCUUCUAUGGACUAUUAAAUUUCUACCUAUACACAUUAGCCUUUGUGUAUUCACCAUCAAAAAAUGCCCUGUAUGAAUCUCAGUUGAAAGACAACCCUGCCUUUUCCAUGUUGAACGAUUCAGAUGACGAUGUUAUCUAUGGGAGUGACUACGAAGAAAUGCCACUUCAGAACGGUCAGGCUAUCAGAGCCAAGUUCAAAGAAGAAUCGGACAGUGAUUAAAUUUGCACAGAAGCAGCCAAGAAUAUGGAACAAGAGUAAUGUUAUCUUUCCUAUAGUCAAGUGAACCUUGCUUUUGGUGGAAGUAUGUCCUUUAUUCCAGUCAUUUUCUGUUUACAAAACUAAAAUGGAUGGGAAUGAGAAAUGAAUGUUUAGUAACAUUUAAAGAACCCCCCCUCGUAAAACUCAGUAGCAACAGGAUGCAUUCACGGAAAAGAAAGCUUUGGAAUUAGAUUAUUAAAUCAAUACAGUUUGGAGGUCUUAUUUUAUUAUGGAUUAACAACUGAAUAGUGGAUUUCCUAAUUGCUUCAUUACUAAUAUAAGAGAAUAUUUGCAGCUCAGGGUUGAACUGUGGAGUCUUUGGUGCUCUCUGAGUUUGGUUGUUUCUUUGUAAACAUUUCAUUACCCAAUUAGAUAACAUGUUUAGUGCUAAAAGGGAGUAGGAUUUGUUCUGUUUAUAUAUGGUGGCUUGCCCUGUCAGUGUUGGUGGGAGUGUUUUUUUCUUCCUUGAUUAGGCUGUAGUUUACUGUUUUGAUUACUAUGCUUCAUUACUAUUUAUGACUGCGCUUCAUUACUAUUUAAAUGGCAGCAAUACUCUGCAUUUUAAAAAUGCCAAAGUAAUUUAUCUUGAAGUUGCAUAUUGUAGCAUCAGGACAAUACACCAUCUCCCAACUUCUCUAGAUUCCAAAGUUAGGUGGAAAUUGGGCUGGUCUUCUUGGCUCUGAAGAAAAGAGCAGAGUAUUACCACAGGCAUGCAGUAAUGACAUACUCCAGAUCUCCCAAUAAUUCAAUACAUAACUGGGGUCUUGAAUUCAUAAAACUGAAAUUUCUUCCUGUUGUUUUUUACUGUGGACAAUUUAUUACCACAGCAGCUCAUUCUUUCUGAGAUACCAGUGUAGCUGUGUUGGUUUAGAAGGCAGGACAAAUUGAGAAGGAAUUAUUUGUAAGCUGAUUUAUCUUAAAAUAAUGCUAACAUUUAAAUGCAUGGCAAUUUUGAAUUAAAAGCAAAGCCUUCUGCUAAUGCUAGGUUUUUUUUAAGGGAACAUAUAUCACAUACUCUUCCAUCAGAAAAGCAUUCUGAAUAUUUUAAUAAAUUGAACAUUAUUAAGUACAUUAUUAAGUACCAUAGUUUAGAAAUACACAGUAAAUAUUAAAUAUGAUGGCUACUGAAAUAAGGACUCACUCAUGUUAUAAUCUGGUAGGAUCCAAAAUGGUGGUUGAUUCAUUUUUAUUGGAUGAACACUUCAUUGGCAGUUAGAACUUUCAGAUUUGCACAAGAAGCAUUCAGAUAACAAAAUUCUGGAAGAAUUAUAUGAGUAAAAUAUGGUCAUGUGACACUCAGACUGGCUUUUGCUUCAUGGCUGCUUUAUGCGUGGGCUAUAAUGUGGAAUUAAUUGUUCCUAUUGUACAUAGAAUAGGAACGAAGAGCUCUGCAGCAAACAGCAAGUGUCUGCGUAUCAUGAUGUGAUUUCUUGAUUUUAAUUGCAGCUAUCUUGAACGGUAUUUCUCAGGCUUUUUAAAAUCUUAUCUUCAAACAUAAAUAAAAUAACCUCUUCUGCAACUUUCUACUCCUUGCUAGAAAAAUAAACUACUGCAUUUCAGUGUGAUAACUGGAAUGAGGUUACCAGUUAACAGUACACUAAAAAUACCUUUUACUCUUAAAUCUAAUUCUGUGAAUUAAUUUCAUUGAAUUAACAUUAUGGAUCUCUAUUUUCCGUGCUUUCAUAGUACAUUUUCCUCCUUCUCAAUCACUUCAGUAACCUUCUUAAAGACAAGCUCUUAUAACCUGUGAAGUAAAACUUGAAUGAUAUAUAAGAAUUAAAGCCCUGUUUAAAUUACAGGUAAAAUUAAAUGCAUUCCCAGUGUUCACCCUUGAGUUUUGAUAGUCAUUUCUUGCUUUAGGUCUUGUUCUAAAUUCAAGCUUCAGAAGCAGCCUAAUUAUUUAAUUCCAAGGCCUCGAUUAGAAAGCACUUCCCUUUAUGCUGAGGGGAGUUCGUAUUCUCCGCUCUAUCACAUGCAAAUCUGAUGGUUCUUCAAUGCAUGCAAGAAAUUAUAGUGAAGAUGCUUAAUAGGCAUGCAGAGACUGGAUCCCAGACAUACCCAAGUAUGUAAUAAAAACUGAAAUAUUCCAAAGCUAUUAAUAUAAUGAUAAACUAAUUUUUCUAAAUUACUCAAACACAGAUACUUAAAAAGGAUGAAGUACGGAUUGCAGGUCAAAUAUUCCAUAUGUAUAAUUAUGUGAUCAGCUCAGUUCUGUACUGUGUAUUACUUACUGUAAAUCAUGUCUUUGGUAUAUGUGAAAAGUCUAGUUUUUCUUUAUGGUAAUAUUUUAAGUGUGCCAAGCUUAGUGUAUAAAAUGAUAAGACUGAAUACCUUCCUCUAAUUUUUUGUAUUGCUGACUCAUGAAAAGUUGUUGAUUUUUAAAAAAGUAUAUAUUGUUUUAUGUAAUUUCAAGUUGCUUUUCUAAGGUUUGCAUUCAAUUUGUGCAAAAGGAUAAAAGAAAAAUCUGUGGAAGUUUCCUUAAUCUCUCUGAGCACAUUUGAAAUUGGUGACAGAAAAAGUAGACUUCCAGCGAUGUCUUGCUGACAAAUGGCAUUAGAUUCAAUACUAAGGUGUCCAAGGUUUAUUUAAUAUGGUUUACAAGUUAUUUUAUCCUGAAUUCAUUUGUUUCUGUAGAAUUGUGUAUUCAAUUCAAUGCUCCCUAAGUUCAUUUGACCUUGGGAAUUUCAGGUGGCUUUCGUUUUUGACCUGGUAGUGUUAGCUGUAAGCUGAAUAUCACUGAAGUUGCCUGCACCAGUUCAACCAACUGAAAAUGUCUAGCAAACAUAAUGCUAUUUUCAAAACGUUUUGAUCCUUUUUCCUAUUUACAAAAUGUUUGUCUGACCUUUUGAUAUUUUUAGUAUACAACUAGAAUUUAUCCUGGAUUUAUUACUUUAAGGAGGCAUUGUCAGCAAGAAAAUCAAGCACUUUCUUAAAUCUCUCCCAUUUAAACAAUGAUUAGUAUUGUGUUUUAUAUCAUACAUUUCCUUUCUAUGUUGAGCAGUGUGCGUUCUAGGUGUCCAAGGUAUUGAUAUAAAACAAUAAAAAAUAUUUUUUAAAAAAUUGUGUUACAGGUAGUUUUUGAUUUAAUACCAUUCAUUUAAUGACUAUUCAAAAUUACAAUGGCACUACAAAGUUACGACUAGUCUGUGCACUUGCAACUGUUGCAGUGAUCACAAUUUGCAAUCUUCCCAGCCAGUUUGCAACAAGCAAAGCCAAUUGGGGAAGCUGGAUUCACUUAACAACUGCAUGGUUCACUUAACAGCCAGCAAUUCCCUUAACGGCCACAGCAAAAACAAAGGUGGCAAAAUUGAGCACAACUCACUUAAUGACCACCUCUUUAGUGACAGAAUGUCUGGUCCCAAUUGGGGUCAUAAGUCAAGGACUACCUAUACACCAUUUAUUUUAUAUAAUUUUGUAAACUGUAAACUUAUGAGUUAGUUUUCUGAUGAAUUUGCCUCUAGAUUACUGUGUAUUCCUGAAACACAGCAUAAGACCCUGUUUUAUAUUUUUUUGAACCCUGAAAUAAGCGCUUGGCCUUAUUGCCAUGCGCUCAAAAGCCCAAUUGGGCUUAUUAUCAGGGGAUGUCUUAUUUUGGGGGAAACAGGGUAGUUUCUUUAAAUAAUUUAGUAUUUAAGAGCCGUGGUGGCGCAGUGGUUAGAAUGCAAUACUGCAGGCUACUUCUGCUGCCAGCUGCCCAGAGGUUUGGCAGUUCGAAUCUUACCGGCUCAAUAGCCUUGCUGUUGGUAAAAUGAGGACCCAGAUUGUUGGGGGUAAUACACUGACUCUGUAAACUGCUUAGAGUGGGCUAUAAAGCACUGUGAAGUGGUAUAUAAAUCUAAGUGCUAGUGCUAUUGCAUGGGAUGAAUUAGCCAUCUCUUCCCCUCUCCUUUUGUUCAUGUUUGAAAAGAGGCAAGUCCAAUGGUGAUCACUUUUGUAAGGAACAAGUGUAUUAUUGCCUUUUUCAUAUGUAAUGUGGUAUUUUUCAGUUUUGGAAAACUCAAAAGGAAACUUCCAAAUACAUACAAAAUGACAUCUAACUGGGAAAAUCCAAUAAAGAUGAGUGCUAUUGCUCUUUUUGUAUCUCACUCCUUAUUGGAAAUUGAGACUAUUUUUCAGGCAGAUUAUUAAUCACAGAAUACUUUUGCAUGUACAGUAUACAAUGGUGUAAUGAGACAGGAUCUGUUUCAUACUUUUAGUUAAGGGAAUACUGAGAGAGCACUCUUUCAGUUAAGAACAUUCACUUGGAUACCAAUAUAUUUUCCCAGUAUGAAGCUAGGGAGCUAUUAGUAAAAGAAAAGGGUUUUAAAUACUAUUUUCACUUACAGCUCUCAUGUUCUUUGUGUGUGUGUGUGUGUGUGUGUGUGUGUGUGUGUGUGUAUGUAAGGUGGUUCUCAUUAUAAAAUGGCUGACCAGUAUUAUGGGUACAAGAUACUAUCCCUUAACCAAUUUUUAGGUGGACUCCAAUAAUUUUGAUGUUAGCAGCAGGAAUUUUACUCCCUCCCAAGCCUGAAUAUUUUGUUUUAAAAUGUCCUCUGACAAUGCCGUGUUUCCUUUAGUGAAAGCAGCUGCUCUUUUAGGAAAUCAAUGAUUUGAUAGAAUAGCCUGAUUAAACUAGGAAAGCAGCAGAUUGUGUAGGACAGGGAGAUAAUGUCAUAUUACACUGCCAUGAAGCCAAUCAAGUUUAGCUUGUUAAUGAGGUUAACCACGUUUUCAUAGAAAUAUUUGAAAAGCUGAGGCUUUUUCAGUACCACCAAGAACAAAAUAACAGUUACCAUUAAGUAUAACAUGCUUGGGAAUUAGGUUAGGUGUAUGUUGAAAGAAAACCAAUUCUUUUAAUGGUGAUUUUAAUUCCAAUUUUGUGCAUGUUUAUUCAGAAGUACAUGCUAUUAAGCUUUAGGGUCAUAUUUGAUACAAAACCUGAGGAGGAAAAAUACAUGAGAUUGUGCAAUCAUUGCACAUUAGCUUUAUGGCUCUUUUGUUGUGUUUGUUGUCUUAUGCUCCACUUGUGCCAAUAUAUAUAUGGAAAAUUCCUUUCAGCACUAUUCAACAGAUUUCAAUAUUUUUAAACAGCUGUGUAACAAGGCAAAUAUAGAAAAUUUUAUAUCAAAAUGUGGCUAAUGCUUUUUCAAAAUGGCUAUGUUAAUGAGUACAUUUGUAAAUUUAAUUUUGCUUGAAGAAGAGAUAUGCAUGGUUUAUUGUAAUGUGUAAUCUCCGGGCUUCAGGGAAUCUGCUGUUUGUAAUUAUGGUGAGGUUUGGAAUAUGAAACAGAAUUUUCCCACAGCAUAAAAGUAAAAUUCAAUGUAAUGUAAAGGGUUUUUUUUUUUAGCAAAUACUAGAAAUAGUGCAAAAUAAAAAUCAUGAAAUUCAAUUUAUUCAUAAUAAAAUUUUAUACUGAACUUCUG